AUGAACAAAUUCUCUGCGGACUACUCGUCCAGCGUCAACUCGACCCCGGCCAAACCGCCUCCUCGCUCACAUUUGUACAGCUCCGACGAGCCUCAGCUUGCUAGUACAACCCCUAUCGCGCCGCCGCCUUCCCAGAUCUUUGGCAGUUCGGCCUUCGGUACCGGCGUCAGUAAGCUGCACCUGUCCAAGCCUUCGAAGUCGUCUCCACCACUUCGUCCGUCGAAAUACAACCCAUCGCUUCCUCGCACCAAGAAUGGCACUCCUGCAAAGAUAGCCCCGAGGCCAUAUCACACCUCCUUCAAUACGACUCUAGCCUCGCAAUAUACCGAUCGCACUGAGGAUGCAUAUGCAGACGAAGAUAUGGAAGAAUACGACUAUGAGGAUGACACAGGCAUUCAACUCCCGCGAAAGGGUCGUUCUGUCAAUCGACAAUCUGUCGCUUCGCUCCUGAAAUUCAGCCAGCGUGAGUCGACAAUGUCAGCUCCGCGUCGGUCCUUGCGCCAUUCCCGGCUUUCGGCCUUGCCCAACAAAGGCGCCGAGUCGGUCGUCCCUAACCUGGCCCGGGAAUUGGCUGCGCGAAGCGAGCCUGCUGCUCUGACUGAACCCGAUGAAGUGAUUCUGCGAACCGAGCAAAUCCUUCGCCAGUUGGACGAACACACCCAAAACCUGAGAGACAAUACUAGGGCCCUCCAAGAAAUUACCGAACACGUCUAUAUCCUCCUCCCAGAAUGGCAACGUUUUGUCAACAUCGAGCGCCCGUCCCUUGAUAGCAACGAUAUAGGGCCUCAGAACUCAGCCACACCAUUCGCCAAAGCCAACUACCUCGCCUCCCUGCUUCUAGCUCUUCAUCAUCCACCCACAGGCCCCGACGACACGACUCUUCCGACACCACAAAUCCUUCUCGAUUGGCUGGACACGUAUCAUGUCUCUUACGAGCCACUCUACCAUGCAGUGGUCUCGGCACGACCUAACUGCACGUCUCAUGACCUCUUUUGGGAUGCUGUUCAAAGCUUGAUGCUGCGCGGGAAGUUCGACAUGGUCAUGCGCCUUUUCGCGGAAGCAGACUUCAGGUAUGCCGCGUCCGCGGUGGACGAUGGAGCGGAUGAACCUGGGUACAAGGGCGCACAACUUCAGUCGAUACAGGGUGUCAUAUAUCAGGCUCGGGUUCUUCUCAAUUCUUGUCCUGUUGUUCAGUCCGGCGAUUGGAAUCUUGCAGGCGCAGAAUGGGAUCUGUUCCGUACACAGGUGGAGGCAGAGUUGAACAACUUGACCGAGCUGGCGGCUACCCACCCCGACGAUGACACUGCAUCCUUCGAAGCGGAAAACUUCGGCCUGCGCAAACCUGGAACAAGCCUCCUCGGAAAACUUGGUCAGAGCACAGCAUCGGCUUUGCCUUGGACCAUCUUUCAAAACCUUAAAAUCCUUUACAGCAUACUCCUUGGUAGUGCCGAGGAGAUCGCCGCUCAAUCACAAGAUUGGCUGGAAGCAGCGACAUCGUUGACGAUCUGGUGGGAUGGAACCCUGGAUGCUUCAGUCGCCCAGUGGAGCUUCGAUGUAAGCCGUGCUAACAACAUGACUGAAGAUGGCGGAAGCGUCAAUCCCUAUCUUGGCCGGCUUCGAGACUCAUUCCUGAGCGUGACUGACCCGAACGACAAGAAUUCGUUCCAGAUCAACGCCAUGUCACCAGUGGAGGUGGGCCUAGGGUGCAUUCUCCAAGGCAGUUCUGAAAGCGCGUUGAUCAUCCUUCGUAUCCUGUCCCAGUGUGUUGCGUCAACUAUAGCAGAGAUUGGCACAAAGGCACAGUGGCUCGAAACUGAGAGUUCCGUGAGGCCGAUCGGACUGAAUGACGAAGACCUUAUGGUCCUCAGUUAUGGGGUACCGAAGCAGGUCGUAAGCAAAGACGAAAUAAUGCUGGGUUAUGCCGAACGUCUUUUUGAGAAGGACGUGUUACAAUUACCUGAUGGGGCGUCGGUCGAAGGUUGGGAAGUCUCCAUUUCAAUUGCCACCCGACUAGACGAUCGCGAGGCGAUGCACUCAACUGUGGCCCGGUUUCUCGACCAGCUGGAAGUGGUCUCGCAAGAUCGCGCUGAAAAACUCACAAAUCUGUGCUCGGAUCUCGGCCUACAGGACGAGGCACGUAAAGUGUCGGAUCGUUUCGGAGAUUAUGUCGUUAACAAUACCACCGAAUAUGGCACAGCCUUGUUGUGUUAUGCAAGAAGUCACGCCGCGCACAAAAUCCGGCAAUUGAUCGAUAUGCUUAUCAGCUACUCGCUUGUCGAAUCAAGGGCUUAUCCACCAGAGGACGAGAUGGAUGAAGGGCUGCAGAGUCUGGUGCAGAGUCCCAGAACAGCAUUGGCAGACAUCGUCGAAGUCGAUCCGGAGGCCGCAGAGAUGCUACAGUUCUACCUCGUGGGGUAUGCCUGUCUCCGCAGAUUCUACACCCUGAGAGAUGAGGAUUCUUAUCCAGACGGUCGGGGCAAAGUGUCAAAUCUGCGACCUCUCGCCCGAAGACGGGCUGCCUCCAAGGCUUUGGUGGCGGCCAUCAACAGUGCGGCGGACAGCAUCUACGGAGGCUUGUACGACCCUGAGCGCCAAUCUGCCAUCCAAGUGGACGGAUUGCUGACGUUGUUGGGAGAGGCCACGGCAUUGCUUGCACGCAACCGCCCUUCCGCACAACACAUCUUCACCUCACAACAAAUCUAUGCGCUUCUGGCGGCCAUCGAGGAUCUCUCCACCGUGUCUUCACGCGUCUACGAGGCCACCGAGGACUGUCUCCAGGCCUCGCUGCGCAAUUAUCACGGAUCUCAGCCGCCCAGUCCCCAUGCCAUGUUGAAGAAGAGCAUGUCAUCUGGAACCAACUCCAACUUUAGCUUCAGCAUGAUGGGAUCGGAAAUGUUGGCGAAGAGUGACCUGACCAGUCGAGGCACGGGCGGAAAGAGUGCUGGAAGCAGCGGAGUCUUGGUCCCUGGUCCGCAAGGCAACGUCUCCCGAGGGUGGGACUGGCGCGCCAGCUUCAAAGACAAGGAUGUCACUGGACGGGAUGUGGUGAAGGUGUUGAGGAUGGGACUUGCAGAGGAACUGAGCAUGGUCGCGCUGGAAGGAGGCUCAUGA